CAUAAUCUUCAUCUUCAUUUUCCAAUAACAAUGUACAGAAUCUGCUCUGGAACAUGUAGCCCUACACGUAUACGUAGUGUCAAUUAGAUGACAGCGAUCAAAUGCAAUGUCGCUGAAAUUUUGACUACACCAAAAGAUUAUGAUUAAGAGCUUGUCAGUCUUGAGAAUUCAUUGCACAGAAUUUCGUUCUUUCUACCAAGCUGCAGUAUGCUGUAGAAUGAUCACAAUGUCUAGCUCUCCAGGAAAGCCACCUCCCAUUGGCGCUUUUGUAAUAAAUCCGUUACCUGUUAGCAAGGGAAAUCAGACAGAUGUAUGUUUGACCAGAGAAAAGGAAGAUGUAGGUUCUGUGAGUGGUAACAGUAUUGUCAGUGAAAAGAAAGAAAUUGGAAAUGUGGAUAAAUUUGUUAAUGAUGUGGAUAAAUUUGUUGAUGGUGUUGAUAAAUUUGUUAAUGAUGUGGACAAAUUAUUAAAGAUUAGUAAAGAUGAUAGGUCAAGAGGGAGUACCAGAGGCACAAAUGGGGAUAAAAGUAUGCCAAGAAGUGCCCAUGAUGAGUUACAGGAUAGUAGUAUGGAAUCUUCAGUGCCUUCAAGUUUACAUAAUGCUGACAGUUUGAGCAUUGGAAAGUCUCAUUUAUCUGGUAAACAUAUUUCCAGUGAGGGAUCUGCAGGAACUUCAGAUAAUAACAGCAAAUUAAUGAUGAAGUUAACAAUAUCAGGUCCUCCAAAAUUUAAGUUUGAUCAGAAGAAAACUGUAUUGCCUCCGUCUUUACUCCAGGGAGUGACAGAACUUGUCAGAAAAGAGCAGGUCAAUCAGGAUAAUGGUGCUAGUGUCUCUGUUACAAGCAGUGAAGAAAAAUCAAUAUGUGAUGAGAGUCAUUCAAGUGUUGGGGCUAGACCUGGUGUGCUUGGUUUCGAAAACAAGACUCAAUGUUAUUCAGAGGAAAGCAAUAAAGAAGAUGAAAAGGCAAAAGAACAAAGUGUAGAUGAUAAGGAAAGUCCAUUUGAAAAACAGGAUUGUAUAAAAGUGCCAUGCAGUGACUCAAGUGACACAGUAAGCUCUGGAUAUGUACUUUCAAUAAAGAGUGCUACAGGUUUACAAAGGAGUAAAUCAGCAAACUUGCAUCAGGGAGAAAUAGAUAUUUGUGGCAGCUCAAAACUUUUGGCAGAAGAAGAUAAAACAAAUGUCUCAACACCAAUAGAAGCCAGUGAAUUAGCCCACCAUGCUUGUCCAGUAGAAGCAUGUGAGUCAAAUGUUAUAACAGAUUUAGUUGAAACAAAGGAGUCAAAUGGCAUAAAAGAUCUAGUUGAAACAAUUAAGCCAGAUUACAAAAAAGAAACAGUUGAAACAAAUGAGUCAGUAUGUUCAGCACUUCCAAUUGAAACAAAUGAAUCUAACAAUUCAACACACCUUGAUGGAAGAAGUCAUCCAAGAGACAAAGCUCAAAACAGUGAUAUCAGCCUAAACAGUGCAGUUUCUGAGAAUAUUGAUAAAAUGUCAUCAUCUAAUUUGCUAAAUGAAUUAGAAAUAGAACAUGAAGUAAAUCCAUUUUCUGAAAUGGAUUUUGAUGACCUGCUUGAUGGUGACUUUAAAAGUCCCGAUGUCAGUGUUGGUUUUCAUGAAAACAAAGAAACAGAUUUUGGAAAUUCUGAUGCAGAGUUUAAAAUAUGUUCUGAAGAGUUACUUCAUAUUGAUGCCAGUGUCCUGGGAAAGAAACCAGCAAAAGCAGGGGACAUUGUAUAUAACUUGUCAGAUCUAUUCUCAGGAGAGUUAGAGCAAAGAAGGAAGAAGGAGUUACGGAAACAAAAGAGACAAGCAAAGAAAUUGGAGAGAUUUUUAAAGAAGAAAAAGAAGUCUGUUGGUGCUGACACUACAGACAAGACAGAUACUGGGGACAAGGAAGAGAAACCCAGAAAACCAGUGCCUAAUUACUUUGUUGCCAUUCAGAUAACAGAUCAGAAGAUAAAAUCAGGUCUUAAAGCAGUACAAGACAAGGUUGUAUCAGAGAAUAAGAAGUUACAGCCAGCACUGAACAAACUGGCCACUUUACAUCUCACUAUGAUGGUGCUCAGUCUGAAGACACAGGAGGAUAUGGAGAGAUCAAGACAGGCAUUAGACAAAGCUUCAGAAAAACUUCUCUCACAGUAUACAGAUAUGUUGUUAGAGCUAGAAGUUAGUGGUCUGGGAAAUUUCAGAAACAACGUGGUCUUUGCCAAGGUGAAACAUGAACACCAGAUCUCUACAUUGAAAAAUGUUGCUGAUAUUGUGGAAGAGUGUUUCAUGGAGCAAGAAGUUAUCUCCCCUGAUCAGAGAGGAUUUAAACCACACAUAACCAUCAUGAAACUAUCCAGUGUCAAAGGCAGUAAGAAGAAAGGGCUGAAGAAGAUAGAUGAGAAGUUGUACAGUGAUUUUCUAGACACUGAUUUUGGCUCCGAGAAUAUAAGCAUGCUUCAGCUAUGUGCUAUGAUGAAACCUAAAGACAAACAGGGAUACUAUCAGGUUGAGCAUAGAGUUCAAUUUGCAAAAAUGCAAGACAUUGACACAGCCAAACCUGGUCCUGAUACAACUGGAGAGAAACUGGAUCAACAUAAUGAAGUUACAAGAUUGACAUGAAUAUUAGUGAACAGACUGUUUCUGAAAAAAAUACUGAAGCUCCUAUUGUUGAAAACAUGAAGGAAUUGAAAGAUGUUGAUAGUAAACAAGUUAUCAUGGCUGGGCCAGAAGGUGAUGUUAUUGAAGAAAAUUUAAACAAAAUAUCUGAUUCAUCAGAUCUGACAGAGAAAGUUAUUACUGAAAGUAACAUUAAAACUGAAAUUGAAUAUGUUCCAUCAGCCAGUGCAGACAGUUCUGAACUGGGAAAUGAUAACAUCCUUAAAGAGUUAUCAGAAGUGUGUUUUAAGCAAGAUGCUAUGAAAUAUGACUCGGAUAUUGUAGAAGAAAAUGCUAUCACAGAUAAGGACACAGAUUUGAAGAAAGGAAACGAUGUGCAAAUAGAAUUAACAGAAGUUGUAGAAAGAAAAAGUCUCUCAGAAUAAAAACUCAUUACAAGAUGAUCCAAAGGAAUUGAACUCGGACAUAUCAGUAGAUUCUAGAAUAAAGGACAUAAAUCUGGAAGACGAAGGAACAGUGGGUAUUCAAGUUAAUCUAGUAACAGAGGUUUCCAAAGUAGCAGAUCAGUCAGAAAUUAAUGAAAUAGACGAAACAACUAAAGAGUCACAUGAAAGCAUUAAUGUACAUGAUGCCCAGGAUAUAAGUGUUGAAAUUGGAAUACCUCAAAUAAGGGAAAUUUCAAGAGUUCUCUGCUGAUGAUGACAGUGCCAUAGAUAUCAGUAUGGAUAUUGAAAGUAGUAAAUUGAGUGAAAUUGAUUCCUCUGUAGAUAAUGACAGUGUUCUAGUAACAGUCUAGAUUCUGAAGGACUUAAAUUAACUAGAAUUCAGAUGGAAUGCCCAAAUGAUAAUGAUAGUUCUAAAGGUAGCAGUACUAGCAUUGAAAAAGAAACGACAUCUAAUUAACUUGAAUCCAGAUCAUGAAACAAUGUUUUAAUGCCAGUUACAACACUGAAUUAUCUAUUUUUAGUGCAGUUACGCUUGACAUCUCAGUUUGGAAUCAACGAGGACUUCAGUAUAAAAAUAAAAUAGGAUAGAUUGUUCCAAAAAGUGUGUAUUGUGAGUGUGUAUUGUGUCAUUGUGUUUUUGCAGUAUUAAGAAUGUCACUCUGGAAAAUAAUAUCAUUAGAGAUAUUCUUGGACAAAGAAUGUUGCAUAUCAAAUUAAAGUUUGCUAUAGUUGUUAUCAUGAAAAUGAUGUUCGUGUGUUUAUAAUAUGUUUAUUCAUGGUGUUGGGUACUAGGUAUGAGGUUGAUUGCUAGAUUUUUGUUUGUUCAGAGUACAUCAAAUAUUAUAAGAAGUCAUCUUUUUGUAGCUUUUACAACAGUGAGUCUCAGGUAUCAGUACUGCCAUGCAUAAUUCGUUAAGUAUAUUUUUAUGUCCCCCUUCCAAGAGGGGGUAUUGUUUUUUGCUCAUUGUUAGCCUGUCCAUCUAUCAGUCCAGAGAUGAUAAUGGUAUCUGCUCAGUGACAAAAGAAGGUCAUGACCAACUUGUCCAACUUGAUAGGUUAAUAUGUGUCAAAUGGUCUACUGAUGCGUCUAGUGUGAUGUGCUGUGUGUUGUAUGCUUGUCACCUUCCGCUUUCAGCCUCUGCCGCCGGCUAGCCCUUUGGGCAAAAAGGAAGCCGAGUGCGUAAGUCUUCCCUGCCAGUACAUAGCCUCUCUGUAGACAAGCCCUAUGCAGUGCCUUCUCGUGGCGACACAUGGAUACUGAGCACCCUGCAGCCUCAGGCAGAACUGUAUAGGACUCGGAGGAGGUCUGCCCCCAGACAUGCAGCUUGCAAGGCCCAUCGGUGCGUGGAUAUGUCCUGCUGCCCAUGAACAGAUCCCCUGUGAUUCCAGGGUAGGUCUUUUGGCUGGAAUCUAAGGAAGAGGUAACCCCGACAUAAAACCUAGAGAGCUGAAGACAGAUGUACCAUGCCAGUUGGCACUCUAACAAACCAUGGUAAAAUGCAUUAACACCAUGACUACACAAUUGGUGAACGUCAAGAAGAAGAAAAGGAAGAUAGGAUGAAUGCCUGUGGUCAGUAGAUGGGCUGUAUUGUCUUGGAUUCACAGUAUCUUUGUUACUGAAAAUAGUUUCCAUUCAGUAAGUAAAGAAUGCUGUUACCUACAGUCCUCAAACUUCAUGGGAUAAUUGCCUGUGGUCAGUAGUUAACCUCUAUUAUAUUUGGGGUGAGUGGGUUAAAGGUCAUUGUCACAGUGAUCUCGAGACUGAAAAAGUUUCUACUCAUUAGCUGUAAAGAACACUGGCUGUCAAUCAAAUCAGGAUGAUUGCCUGUAGUCAGUAGAUUACCCCUGUUGUUUCUGAGGUUGCUUGGUCAAAGUUGAAGGUCACAUCAUACAAUGUUACAUACCCUCUAGCCCCUGACAGGCCAUUAUGGGGGACAUAUGUGUUUCACAAACAGCUCUUGUUGCUUUCACAAUUUAAAAUUAUAUACAGUCAGUUAGAUGCAUAUAUUGAUAAUAUAGAAAUCUGAUGACAUUUGUCUUAAAUAUUUUGUAUUUCGACAUAAAACUUUGGCCAGGUUUGAUAAUUUUGAAGAAAAGAAAAAUAAUUUUCCUUUACAGUCCGUAUUGCCUUCAGUUAGGAAGCUUGUUACAGUAUAAUCUAUAUGAAUACGAGUGAAGAGUGGACACCUCUCUACAAAGGUGGCAUGAUAUCUGGAGCUACAUUUAUUGAUCAGUAAACACAUUUCAGUCUUCCCAGUGGUGUUGGGUCUACAGAGGUUCCUCAGGAACCUAAUAUAAUCCUGUAAAUGCGGGGAACUUGCAUACUACAUUGAUUUCAUCAAUACUGUUUUUCCAUUCUUGAAUUGGUGCUUCUCACUCUAGAAAUAGCUUUAGACGACGUUUUUUCUCUCAAGAAUGUGGUAACAGCUUAUUUAUUAAAUGUCUGGAAAUCAGCUUAUUUAAUUUCACACAUAUUUAUAUAUUUAUAUAAAAAAAAAUGUUUUUAGGAUAGGUGUUUUACUUUUUUUUUUCAUUAUUAUUGUAGGAAUGUUGAACAAUGUGCAAUAUAAUGCAGGACAUAAAAGGGUACAUGAAAAUAUCUUAUGCAGUUUAAUAUACUUUAGUAUAGCUUUAGUUGUGAAAAUUUGGAACAUCACUAUUCCAUUAGAGCUGCAUAUUAAGUCAAUCUCCAGAGGUAAAAACAGUUUACAGUUUUUGUAUAGCAGCACAUUCAAGGUAUUUCAUUUCAUUGUUUAUGUAUAGAGAUGUUCUAUAUGUUGUGUACAUGUAUUGAAAGCUGAAACCUUUUGAUAGAAGUUGUGUAAACUUUCAAAAUAGUUUAUUCUUGAAUAGUAAAAAUAAACACAGCAAUAAUAAUGUGUUAUUUCUUCCUGCACUUAAUUGCUGUAUCAUUGCAUGAUGAUGUCAUAAAUCAUGUCACAUUUUCCUGUCCUUGGAAACACUGCAGGAUGAUGUCAUAAAUCAUGUCACAGUUUCCUUUCCUUGGAAACAUUGCAGGAUGAUGUCAUAAAUCAUGUCACAUUUUCCUUUCCUUGGAAACAUUGCAGGAUGAUGUUAAAAAUCAUGUCACAAUUUCCUUUCCUUGGAAACAUUGCAGGAUGAUGUUAUAAAUCAUGUCACAAUUUCCCUUUCCUUAGAAACAUUGCAGGAUGAUGUCAUAAAUCGUGUCACAAUUUCCUUUCCUUGGAAACACUGCAGGAUGAUGUCAUAAAUCAUGUCACAUUUUCCUUUCCUUGGAAACACUGCAGGAUGAUGUUAGAAAUCAUGUCACAAUUUCCUUUCCUUGGAAACAUUGCAGGAUGAUGUCAUAAAUCAUGUCACAUUUUCCUUUCCUAGAAACAUUGCAGGAUGAUGUUAUAAAUCAUGUCACAAUUUCCCUUUCCUUGGAAACACUGCAGGAUGAUGUCAUAAAUCGUGUCACAAUUUCCUUUCCUUGGAAACACUGCAGGAUGAUGUCAUAAAUCAUGUCACAUUUUCCUUUCCUUGGAAACACUGCAGGAUGAUGUCAUAAAUCAUGUCACAUUUUCCUUUCCUAGAAACAUUGCAGGAUGAUGUUAUAAAUCAUGUCACAAUUUCCCUUUCCUUGGAAACAUUGCAGGAUGAUGUCAUAAAUCCUGUCACAUUUUCCUUUCCAUGGAAACACUGCAGGAUGAUGUCAUAAAUCAUGUCACAAUUUCCUUUUCUUGGAAACAUAGCAGGAUGAUUAAUAAAUCCUGUCACAUUUUCCUUUCUUUGGAAACAUUGCAGGAUGAUGACAUAAAUCAUGUCACAUUUUCCUUUCCUUGGAAACACUGCAGGAUGAUGUCAUAAAUUGUGUCACAUUUUCCUUUCCUUGGAAACAUUGCAGGAUGAUGUUAUAAAUCAUGUCACAAUUUCAUUUUCUUGGAAACAUUGCAGGAUGAUGUCAUAAAUCAUGUCACAUUUACUUUUCUUUGGAAACAUUGCAGGAUGAUGUCAUAAAUCAUGUCACAUUUUCCUUUCCUUGGAAACAUUGCAGAAUGGUUUAAUGAAUAGUGUAACAUUUGCCUUUCCUCAGAAUCAUUGCAUGAAAAUGACAUAAAUAGUGUAAUAUUUGCCUUCCUCAGAAAUAUUGCAUGGUAAUAUUUUAAAUUUAGACUGUUCAGCACUUUUGACAAAAAUUUAGGCAAAUUUUAGGGCGCUUUUAAAUAAAAAAAACAAGAGCUGUCAGUGGACAGCGCGCUCGACUAUUCUCAGUGCUUGAUAGUAUAAUACAUGUGUAUAAGAAAUGAGUAAAACAGACUGGGGUCAUGAUGGUAAACAAGUAUGCAAAAUAUGAAAGCAAUAUCUCAAUGGACUUUGAAAAUAUUUGUGGUGGUAUGCAAACUUUAACAUUUGUGAGACGCUCACGCUAACGCUCACGCCGGGAUAGCUCCCCUAUUCUUCGAAUAGUCGAGCUAAUAGGGCUAAAAUUGGGAUUUGUUACAAUUACUUUGAUGUUUUUGGGCUAGAUUUAGGAAUUUUUACUAAAAUACAGACCUUCAGACUUAACGCCUCUGUCAUCCAUUCACAGCCAAUAACACUGAACCAAUGAAACCACAAGUCAGGUGUCUAUAAAAAACUGCUUGCAUCAAAUAAGAAGACCUACAAGAGCUGUCAUAGGAGACCGCGUGCUCGACUAUUUCAAUGCUCGAUUGUGAAACUGGGCACAUCUGAGGAAUCUGGAGCUGUCAUUAGACUGUUUAAUGACUCCAAUAAGAAUGAAGAUACUGGACAAUAGUAUUAAGUAAUAAGAGAGAUAAAGAACAUUAAAUAAGUAUAUUUCUAAGCAAAAAGGGGGAUAAUUCAUGAUAUAUUGGUGCAAGAGUGAUUUUUGAAUGAAGCUGCUAUUUUGCAGACAAGGUCAAAAUAGCUAAUUUCAGCCCUUUCAGGGGCCAUAACUCUGGAACCCAUUAUGGGAUCUGGCCUGUUCAAGAAAGGAACCAAGAUCUUAUGGUGACCCAAGUUUUGUGGAAGUUUGCUUAAAUUCAAAUCAUAAAUGAAGCUGCUAUUGUGCAGACAAGGUCAAAAUAGCUAAUUCUGGCCCUUUCAGGGGCCAUCAAUCUGUAACCCAUAAUGGCAUCUGGCCAGUUCAAGAAAUGAAACAAGAUCUUAUGGUGAUACAAGUUGUGUGCAAGUUUGGUUAAAUUAAAAUCAUAAAUGAAGCUGCUAUUGUGCAGACAAGGUCAAAAUAGCAAAUUCUGGCCCUUUCAGGGGCCAUAACUCUAGAACCCAUAAUGGAAUCUGGCCAGUUCAAGAAAGGAACCAAGAUCUUAUGGUGAUACAAGUUUUGUGCAAGUUUGGUAAAAAUCAAGUCAUAAAUAAAGCUGCUAUUGUGCAGACAAGGUCAAAAUAGCUAAUUUUGGCCCUUUCAGGGGCCAUAACUCUGGAACCCAUUAUUGGAUCUGGCCAGUUCAAGAAAGGAACCAAGAUCUUAUGGUGAUACAAGUUGUGUGCAAGUUUGGUUAAAAUAAAAUUAUAAAUGAAACCACUAUCAUGCAGACAAGAAAUUGUUGAUUUACGCACACACACAAAUUCUGGCCCUUUAAGGGGCCAUAACUCUAGAACCCAUAACGGGAUAUGGCCAGUUUUCGAAAGGAACUGAGAUAUCAUGCCAAUACAAGUUUUGGACAAGUUUGAUCUAAAUUGCUAGCAACAUGUGGUCUCUAUCAUGUUCACAAGAAAUUGUGGACGGAUGGACGAAGGGCAAUCACAAAAGCUCACCCUGCCACUACGUGUCAGGUGAGCUAUUAAAGCAAUUUUAGAAAUUCCUUUUGAUUUUUUUUUCUAGGAAUUUAGCAAAAUUGAAAAAAAGUAGGAAUAAGUAGGAAUCUUAGGAAUUCUGGUCAGCCUGUAAAUUGUGUCACAUUUUGCCUUUCCCCAGAAACAAUGCAGGAUAAUUUUAAAAAUCAUGUAACGUUCGCUUUUCCUCAGAAAUAUUGCAGAAUAAUGACAGAAAUAGUGUAACGUUCACCUUUCCUCAGAAAUAUUGUAGAAUAAUAACAGAAAUAGUGUAACAUUUGCCUUUCCUCAGAAAUAUUGCACGAUAAUGACAUAAAAUUUUAAUAGUGUAA